CGAGAAUGUUCGUCUUGUCCGCAUGUCGUCCGCUCAACAUCCGCCCAACCAUCUCAUGUAAGAGCAACGGGAGUACCCCUAGACACCCUUGGAAGUACUACAUGGUACAGGCUGUACUACAUGGUACAACUACAUGGUACAUCAUCGCUGUCUCUGAGGGUACUCUCGAUUACUUUUAAGGGGUAUGAAGAGCGGACGAUGAAACAUAGACGAUACGCACCGUCCUCUAAAACCUCAGUUGAGGCUAUUUCAUGACAGUUCAUUCUGGAAGUUGCCUGUAAGAUUGAAGGAUGGCGCGGAAAUGGUUCCAGCUCGUAGGCGAAGAUGGGAACGCGGUAACGUCGACUGAUGCUGUUGUCGUGGAUAUCGAAGAUGUGGAUAUGUUGCGGCAUGCGGUGAAGGAGCAGCUCAGAGACAGUCACCUCGCAGGGAUUGCUGCGUCCGAUCUCACAGUCUUUGCGAACCGGGCGGAGUACGAUGCGAAGCGAAGCGUGGUGCUGCCCCAUUCGUGGUCCCCAGUGACGGCGUAUGGGAAUAAUGGAGAGAAUGCGCUCAUUGUGCAAGUGCCGAAGCACGCAGAAAGCGAUUCACGUUAUUUUAUCCAGCCAAACGCUCAAGAACAAGUCGAAAAGGCAGUAUUUGUGAUCGUGGAAGAAGACGGAGAACGCAACGAUGUUGGAAUGGGUGUGUUUUUCAGCUCGACUCUAGCGGUCACAUGCGACCAUAACCUAACGGAGCAACACACUGUGGGAAGCAUGGUGUCUGUGGCGUUGAAGGAAGGUAUUGAAGUUGUUGAAGUUGGUGCUCGCAGUUCUCAGCUGGACUUUGCGAUUCUGCAGUCGUCCAAAACCAGGGGAUCAUUCUUCAUUCCUCCAUGGAAUGGAAGACCAGAUGAACUAAGAGGACGCUAUGAUCUUGUGUUGGCAUCGUAUCGAUUCGGUAUUGACGAAUACCAAGACGUGUUUAAGAAUCAACUGGGAUUUGCUCCGGUAGCCGGCAUCUCCAUCAGUGCUUACAGAAGACACAUCAUGUAUUCGUGCCCAACGUACGCUGGAGAUUCUGGUGCUGCACUUCUUCUCAAGGAUGGAUUUCUUGUCGGUAUCCAUCUGGAUACGGUCAAUGCACUCCGCGAAGAGAUGGACCGCAAGAAAACCAUCAAGGAUCGCUUGAAUGAUGUGGGGGAGUCUCUGGACAACAUUGCGAGAAGCGGACUAGCGCAAGGCUGCUCUUUUGGUCUUUUGGCUCAUGAGUUCAACGACGUAGUGAGCGAGUAGUGCGAAUUGACGAGUUCAUAAAUUAAUGGCACAUCUCAGUCACGAAAAAA